CAUACAUUAUUUUUAUUAAUUAUCUUCCUCCUCCGUGCUCCGCCGUGUCCCGCCGACGGUGGAACUUGGUCCAUGCUCCUCCCAAACAUUGGCAUCUCCGCCAUGCACAUGCAGCUCCUCCCUAACGAUCGUGUCGUAAUAUACGACCGCACAGACUUCGGAACCUCCAAUAUCUCACUUCCCAAGGGCAAAUGCCGACCGAAAUCAAAGGACUGCUCUGCCCACUCCGUCGAGUACGACGUCGCAUCCAACUCCGUUCGUCCUCUCAUGGUCCUUUCCAACUUUUGGUGUUCCUCAGGGAGUUUAAUGCCCGACGGAAGCUUGACCCAGACCGGUGGCAACGCUGACGGUGCUCUUGUUGUCAGAACUUAUAAGUCGUGUGAUACAUGCGAUUGGCAAGAGAUACAAAAUGGGUUGGUUCAAGAAAGAUGGUAUGCCACCAACCAUUUCUUACCCGACGGCCGGCAAAUUAUCAUCGGCGGCCGUAGGGCAUUUACCUAUGAGUUCUUCCCAAAGACGCCGGACACCCAGAAGGCUAUCGAUUUCCCAUUUCUGGUUCAGACUAAUGAUCCCCGCAUUGAAAACAAUUUAUACCCAUUUGUGUUUCUUAUUCCUGACGGAAACUUGUUCAUUUUCGCGAAUAAUCGUGCUAUUUUAUUCGACUACGUUAAAAACCAAGUUGUCAGAACUUUUCCGACGAUCCCCGGCGAUGAGCCGAGAAACUAUCCAAGCACCGGCUCCGCCGUGCUACUUCCGAUGCGAAUCGUACAAGGGACUGUAGCUACGGUUGAGGUUUUGGUUUGCGGUGGUGCACCCGGAUCAGCAUUCCGUCAUGCAAUCAAGGGGAUAUUUGAUGGAGCUUUGGACACAUGUGGUCGGAUCACGAUAUCCGACCCGGAUCCACGAUGGGUCAUGGAGACUAUGCCUAUGGCUCGGGUCAUGGGUGAUAUGUUGUUGCUCCCAAAUGGCAACGUUUUGAUAAUUAAUGGUGGGUCCGCUGGGACUGCCGGGUGGGAGUGUGGGCGUAACCCGGUUCUAAACCCGCUAAUUUACCAACCCGGUAACCCAGUUGGAUCUCGAUUUGUGAUGCAAGCUCCAACCACCAUACCUCGAAUGUACCAUUCAACGGCGAUUUUGCUUCGAGAUGGUCGGGUUUUGGUUGGUGGAAGUAACCCGCACGAUAAAUACGAAUUCACAAACGUAUUUUAUCCUACCGAAUUAAGUCUGGAGGAGUUUUCGCCUUCUUAUUUGGAUUCAACCUUAUCAGGGUUACGUCCAGUGAUAAUCUCACCUGUCAAUGGUGCUACUACCAUGUACGGAAAACAGAUGGUUAUAAAAUUUGCAGUUUCAAAAAAUUUGAAUACAAGUUCAGUCUUGGUGACGAUGGUGGCACCCUCGUUCAACACGCACUCGUUUUCCAUGAAUCAAAGAUUGUUGGUUCUUCACAGUGGCAUCCCCACCAUCGUUCGGAAAAGUUCAAACUACCAAGUCACCGUGACAAUGCCGCCUUCCGGUAACGUUGCUCCGAAAGGGAAUUACAUAUUAUUUGUGGUACAUCAAGAUAUUCCCAGCGAAGGCAUUUGGAUACAUAUACAAUGA